GCGCGGCGCGCGCCGGCCGUGUCCCCGCGUCCCCGUGGCCAUGCUGUGCCGCGCGCUGCUCCGCCGCGGCGCCGCCGCUCCCGCCCGUCGGUCCUCAGCGCUUCCCCUGCAGCACCUCUUGGAGGGCUUCCAGUGCAGCCAAGAAGAUGACCACCUGUCUUGCGGGGAAACGGGAAUGCCGGUCCCUCCUUUCGGCUGCGCCUUUUCUACAGCCCCAAAUUUGGAGCACAUCCUGGCGGUUGCAAAUGAAGAAGGGUUUGUUAGACUCUAUGAUACUGAAGCACAGACUACCAGCAAGCUCAUCUUUAAAGAAUGGCAGGCUCACUCAAAUGCUGUAUUUGACCUUGCCUGGGUGCCAGGGGAACACAGGAUUGUCACUGCUUCGGGAGAUCAGACAGCCAAGGUGUGGGAUGUGAGAGCUGGCGAGCUUCUCGGCAUAUGCAAAGGUCACCAGUGUAGCCUCAAGUCAGUUGCUUUUUCUAGAUUUGAGAAAGCUGUUUUCUGUACUGGAGGGAGAGAUGGAAACAUCAUGGUUUGGGAUACCAGGUGCAACAAGAAAGAUGGCUUUUACAGGCAGGUCAAUCAAAUCAGUGGAGCACACAAUGUGGUUGACAAGCAGACUCCUUCCAAACCGAAGAAGAAGAGGCAGAACCUGAGAGGACUUGCUCCCUUGGUGGAUUUCCAGCAGAGUGUUACUGUGGUGCUGCUUCAGGAUGAGCAUACUCUUAUCUCUGCAGGAGCUGUUGAUGGGGUGGUCAAAGUGUGGGACUUGCGCAGGAACUACGCCGCUUUCCGUCAGGACCCGCUGCCCGUCAGGUCUUUCUGCUACCCUGGGACCAGCACGCGCAAGCUUGGAUAUUCUAGCCUGGUUUUGGAUUCCACUGGUACUAAUCUGUUUGCUAACUGCACUGAUGACAGUAUCUACAUGUUCAAUAUGACAAGUUUAAGGACCACUCCAGUGGCUGUUUUCAGUGGACACCAGAAUUCGACCUUUUACAUCAAAUCCAGCACCAGCCCAGAUGACCAGUUCCUGGUCAGUGGCUCGAGUGACUGCAACGCCUACAUCUGGAAGGUUUCUGAGCCCAGCCUUCCUCCACGGAUACUCCUUGGUCACUCUCAGGAAGUUACCUCCAUUGCUUGGUGUCCUUCAGACUUCACUAAGAUUGCCACGUGUUCUGAUGACAACACUGUGAGGAUUUGGCGCUUACAACAUUGUCCUGAGGAAGAGAAAUCAGUAUCCAGAAAAGCCAACUUGGUGGGCUGGGUCACUCAGAAGAAACCAGAAGAGCGACGUGGAGCAGGGCCAGCAGCCAGCCCACAAAGCACCCCUGCCAAGGCCCUGACAGCGGGCAGCGUGUGCAGCUCCUCCCCACGGCCCGCUGCCUGUGCUCCCACUCACUCCGGAGACCUUCCGCUGUCCACCAACACUCCCACGGUCGCCCUCAAAACCCCGACCGCCGCCGCCUCCACCCCAGCCAAGCCGCCUGGAGCCAGCCCCUGCGCAUCUCCCAAACUGAUCCCCUCCUCCAAAAUGUCCAUCAAACACUGGGUUACGAGGACUCCGUGCUCUUCUCCCCCAGAAGUGGAGAAAAAGGCUCCUUCUCCUAGAAAAGCCCUGGCAGAAGUCAUCCAGGUCACCCAGGGUCUCCUGGAAGCUGCUUGCCCUCCUCAUGUCCCACACUCGCAGUUUGAAAAGCGUGUCAAGAGGAGGCUUGACUGCAGCAAGGAGGCUGAUGUGGGGCAGAAGUGUCUGCAGGCCUGUAGCUGUGUGACUGAGCUGGACCACGCAGCUAAGAAAUCCAAGCUGAAUUUAUGUCACUUGGUUCCAGACCAAAAAGCUUCUGAUGAAGACUCUUUCAACCUGGCUGACUUGUGUGACGACCGUGAAGGCUCCAGCCACAGCCCAAAAGAGCCUUCCCUUUCUGGAAGCCAUAUUAAUUCAUCAAGCGUUCAAACUUCCCCCCAUCUUUUCAGAUCUCCACAUGGGAAAGACACUGAGGUAGUAGAUAAAGAGAACAGCUCUCCUGAAAGAAAAAAUUGGUUGUCUGCUCUGGGGGAGAAGCUACGGACUGGCAGACCUGGCAGCCAGAGCACAUCACACAGCCCCCUGUCACCCUGCAGUCCUGGUGCCAAAAGACAAGAGUCUGUGGCAGUGGCCACUUCGCCAAAAACUGCUGCAGCCACUUCAGUUUCCAUGAGGAAGAUCUGCACGUACUUCCACAGAAAGCCACAGAAUGACUGAAAGAGCGUGUGGUAGUUGCACCUGAGGGAUGUUGACACUGAGGUAUCAAGACCAGACUCAACAAUGCCAACAACGAUGCACCACCAGGAUUACACAAUUUGUUGUCAGACCUUCACAGACUUGAGGUUUUAGUCUUCCUGUUUUUAAAGCUUUCAGCAGUUGAAGUGAGCUGAAUGUGUAAAAUCUACACAAUACUUACUCAUGGUCUCUUUCUGACUUAGGGUAUGCAUUUUUUUAAUUAAAAAAGUAUUUUUUACAUGGCAACUGUUCCAGUCCAAAGACAGCCACACCUCUGCUGGGCAUUGUUGACAGGCACAUACAGCUUGUCAGUUUAUGUUACCAAUCUGCUGUUAAAACUGCCUCUGCUUGAGAGUAAUGUGUCAAUCAUUACACCCUCCUGAAAAGUGAGUGUAGGAAUGUGAAAUUUACUGGAGGUAUGUCUGAGCCUCUUCAUGCUGAAUGGCAUUUCUACAAUUACUCCUCUAGUUGCAAUGACUGCCUGCUUCCAUCGGGGAAGUUAGCAAUGUGUUAAUUAAGUGUAAAAACCUUUUAAAUAGCCCACAUCCAUGUAAUGGUGACUAUGGUGUAAGAAGAGACAAAGUAUAAUCAAGUACGUAAUGCUUAUUCUCCCCUUGCCUUCCCCUUUCUUCUCCCACCCUGGAAACUACUGUAUUUACCUACUUAGCUGCCUCUUGAACCAUCAGCACUACAGCUCUUAAAGACCAAAAGUUUAUCACUUUUCUGAAAUAAAAUACUGGCAAGGUGUAUUUGAAGAAUUAGUUUGAUCUGUCCUAAAUAGGCAUCCCAUAAUAGCCCAUUGCCAGUCAGCUCUUACGGGUUCAGCCUGUAGCAAAGACAUUAGUAGCUGCUUAUACAUACCUUCAUAACAGUUUUAUAAAACAGUAGUUACAAAAUCAUACCAUGUAAACUGUGGGAGAGGCAACUGACACUUAAGAAAGCACUUGAGAGCGUUUACAUAUUAAUAUUAAAUGCUUUGCCAUUGUAAGUUGUCCCCGAUGCUGAUAGACAAGGUCACUGAAAUGAGAUCACUUUCCUGCUGGCUAAUGACACUAAUUCCUCAGCCAUGCUUUCCCCAGGAUCUUCUAGUAGAAAUGGGAUCUUCUGGUAAAAGUGGGAUCUUCUAGUGGAAGAUCCCUAUCUUAUGUUGGAGCAUUACUCUUUUCUGGAGUAAUUAAUUCCCAUGAACUUCAAAGCCAACCCUUUGAAUCCCUCUUAAGUUUUUCCACUGCAGAAGAAUUGAGGUAUGUGAAGGGGAUAUGAUCCCCCUAACUUAUAUUUUCUAUCUUAAAUUUUAACACCUACUUUACAGCAACGUUGGAAUGUAUGGUGGCUGAGAGGGGUUAGAAGGAAGCAUGCUGGAUUGUAUUUUAUGUGGUAGAUUGUAUUUUGCAAGGUAAUAAAUUCCCUGAGAGAAAAUGGCUUUUGUGAAAGGUCUGUUACAGCUACAAAGCAAAAGAAAAUGUGUAGUGUGCUUUUUUUAAGAAAAGAACAGUAGUUACUAUCAUGUUGCAUCUUUUAGCAGAAGCUCCUGGGUACAAAUAGUGGCUGGGACAGCUUUCCUUGUUUGCUGAAUUACAGGCAAAUAGCCUAUGAAUGCUUCAAGCAUGUUUUUAUAGUUCUUAAAAAAAUGGAUUUUUAAAAAGUGACUAUCUGAAUAGAUCUAAUAUCUUAGACAAAACAGAAAUAUAAAAAAAAACCAAACGCUGGUUUAAUUUUAACUGACUUCUGAACACUGAAGUAGAUGGAAGUAGUAGAACCAUAACCUAAAAUAAAAUAAAUAGAUUUGGGAUUUAA